ACUUCUGCGCAUGGCUGGAAAGGGAAAACGGUCCAUGCCUGAUAACAUGUCGGCGCAGUCGUCUAAGAAAAGAAAGGUUCGCACCCUUGGAACUCAUUGCCACCAAAGUCCGCCCAUGGACUUCAUGACUCUCCUGGACUCCUAUCUAACACACGGCUUAGGGUGGCGGUGGUGGUCAAUGGCGCAAGCCAGGCAAUAAAGCAGGGAUCGAGGGUGGUGAUUGGGGCGUGUUUGUGAGUUGCGACAUCGGAAAGGAGUCCAAGUGUAUGUCGGAGGCUGUGGAUUUGUUUACACAGGUACGUAUUAUCCCGGCCCUGUCGAGCGGGGUCUUCCCCGCUUCUCUGUCGCUGGCAUCCCUCCCAUCUGAGAACCGUGAACACUGUCUAAUAUGCUCUGUUAUCCAGAGCAUCGAGGGGUCUGAGAAAGUCGACGAUGGAGACAAGUCCGACUCAGAUGAAGAUGACAUCGAGGCGAUGAUCAAAAAGGAAGUCGAAGGGCUGAAGCCCAGCCAAGCCAAGUCUCGACCAUUCCAAGCAAUUCGAAUGGACUUACCAUGUUUAUCGUUCAUUCGAUUUGACAAGUCCAUUGAUCCAGAGCAAAUGGUACAUCAAUUGUGCCUUGAUGCGCACGCUCAUCCCGAAAAGAAGCGCUCUCGGUACAUUCAACGCAUGACUCCUGUCAAGUCGGUUCGCAAGACUCUCAGUGUCGAAUUGGAGUCUUUCGCGCGCGAUGCUCUCAAACCUCACUUUCAUUCUGGAGGCCCUCCAAAGAAGUACGCCAUCCGGCCAGUCGUAAGAAGCAACAAAAAGUUCAGCAGGGACACGGUCAUCAAGACCGUUGCUGAUGUCGUUGGCCCUGAACAUCCUGUCGAUCUCAAGAACUAUGAUAUACUCAUCAACGUCAUGGUUAUCCAGAAUGUUAUCGGUAUCGGUGUCGCGGGAAGCGACUAUGAGCAGUUGAAAAAGUACAAUCUGGCGGAACUAUAUACUCCAACUGCUGCAGCGCAGGCUGCUGAGCCUUCCGAAGACUAGAGCGAGCAUCGUAUCAUAUCAGACAGGUCUGUUGAACGAUCUUCUCCGAAACAUCUCGGACACAUCUCUAGAAAUCGAUUUUGGAAGAAACAAAUGACUAUUACUUGGACUACAAAAAUGCGUCGGCUCUGGCAGGUGAAUCUCAAUAGUUAGGAGCUGUUCGGAAACCGCUGGGAUGUUCCGGAUGGACACAACGGCGAAAUCGGACGCCUUACCCGGACUCGUAUUGGACGUAAGCUUAUGUCUCUGGCACGUAGACCAAAAGUCACGGUGGUGAGCGAUGCGUUCAAUACAAAAAGGACGCGUCAGGCUGCAGUGACUGCACUGAUUUGACUGAUUCAUGCUGGCUUAGCUUUCAGGUUGCUUGGGACUAGUCGAGCACAACAGCUGCGCAUACGUCUUAUCGUCACAGAGCCACCGCUCUCGGAUACAUCGGGAUGUAAUUGCAGAUGUAGUGAGUCAAAUAUAAGUUUUUAUGCGG